AUGCUAAGUUCAGUGGCUUAUCAUGAAGGUCUUCGACCGCCUCAAUACGUGUGGAUUGGACCUGGAUGGUUUCCGGGACAAUAUUGGUGGAGAAAUCGUGAAGAUGGCGAUCUCAUCGUAGGCAAUAUAACUUGUAAUAACACAGUAAUGGAUUUUAUGGCAGAAGGCUAUUUUUCAACAGAUCCUCCGCUAACGUGGGAUGGCAAUAAAACCACCGUUUCCAAUAUGACUUCUGAAGAAUGGAUUAAGGCCUACAAUACAUAUCGAAAAUAUGAUCUAUAUGCAAAGUAUGCUGGAGGGUAUAACUUUGCCGGCUACGUGUACGAUGCAACUUGGGCGGUAGCUCUUACCUUAAAUAAUUCUAUUCAGCGUUUAGCUAAAAAAAAUUGA